CGCAUCUUUCACAUCUUAGACUAGAGAGAAGAUAACAAGCAUACAUGACUAUUUUGAGUUUGACAAGCGCGAUUUUACUUUUAUUCAGCCUCAAAAAUGGAGCAGCUGUCCGUGAUGUUUUUCCGAUAGAUCCCUGUGAACGGGCCCUACUGAAUGGUGAAAUCAAAGCUUUGAAUUCUACCAAGACAAACCAGAAUAUUUGUAAAUAUUACAAGAAGUUGGGUAAGGAAUUAUAUGAAGCGCUAUUGACCUGUGACAGCUACACAGCAGACCUGAUACAGGAAUGGGUCUUGUCAACCGUUUUGGAUUUGGAAUUAGCAGAACCAAACAAAACUCAAUGCGAUCAUGGCGUUGAGAAACUAUACGGUUUUCUCACAUCUGCCAAUAAAGAGAUAGCAGCUAAAAGCCUUGCAGCUUUUACCGACACCAUGGUGACAUUUACACGCGAAAUCUUGAACGAACUGACGAAAGAUCAACUUGCAGCGUACACUCAGAACGACAGUUUUUGCACUAUCACAAUUGCCUGGUGGAAUGAUAUGGCGACACGAGUGGUAAAAUAUGCAAAGGGAGAGGGUGCUACAGUUACGUCUCACCAGGAAAUGAUUCUGCGUGGACUUGGCUUGAUGAAUGUUGACGUCAACAGAAAAUUGAACAAGGACUUCCCAACCCUAUGCUCGAUGACCCCCCGAUGUCAGCUCUUUAAGUAGAAAUCACCACACCUGUGUAAUACACGAUUUUUGAAUGUAUACUGGUACAUGAGGU